AUGAAUUAUGAUUGGAAGCUCAUGUCUGAGCUGCAGCAAGAGGAAGAUGCGGGUGUGGGAGUGCGAGUUUCUGCCCGUAUACGUUGGAAGCCUCCUUCUGGUUCGAGGGUGAAAGUGAAUGUAGAUGCUGGAGUUUGGGAAGGCUUGGGGUCGAGUGUGGGGGCUGUGGUGCGCAGAGCUGAUGGCAGUGCGUGUGCUGCUAUGACAUGGAUGGUGGAUGAUAGGUGGGCUCCCAAUAUUGCUGAAGCUAAAGCACUUUUGUUUGGGUUGCAAAUGCCCGUUGAUCUUGGGUACAAAGAUGUAGUCAUGGAGAGCGAUUGCCUUGGUCUGAUUAAUGCGGUUUCGUCACGAGAAAGAGGGAGUAGUACUUUUCACCUUAUAUUAGAUGAUGUCUAUCAUGUUAGUAGUUUGUUUGAGUCAAUUAGGUGGAGCUUUGUUAGGAGAGAGGGUAAUAGAGUGGCUCAUGAGCUUGCUCAUUGUAUGCCUUGGGCCAUAGGGAAGCAGGUUUGGUCUUCGACUUUUCCUGAGUGUAUUGUUGCUUUGUUAAACUCUGAUCUCCCAAGUAAUGAAAGCUAA